AUGGGUAUCAAGCAGCUAUUCCAGAUUGUCAAGGAGGAGGCUCCAGAUGCCAUCAAAGAGGGCGAAAUCAAGAACCAGUUUGGGCGCAAAGUUGCUAUUGACGCCUCCAUGAGUAUAUACAGCUUCCUGAUUGCUGUGCGAUCCGACGGCCAGCAGCUCAUGAACGAGAGCGGCGAGACAACGUCACAUCUGAUGGGUAUGUUCUACCGCACGCUGCGCAUGGUGGACAACGGAAUCAAGCCCCUCUACGUUUUCGACGGCGCACCGCCGAAGCUCAAGUCUGGCGAAUUGGCGAAGCGAUUUCAGCGCAAGCAAGAGGCUACAGAGGGCCUUGAGGAGGCCAAGGAGACAGGUACCGCGGAAGAUGUCGAGAAGUUCUCUAGGCGAACGGUUCGAGUUACGAGAGAACACAAUGCCGAGUGUCAGCGCUUGCUCAAGCUCAUGGGCAUUCCGUACAUUAUUGCACCGACAGAGGCUGAGGCCCAGUGCGCAGUCUUGGCAAGAGCUGGAAAGGUGUAUGCUGCGGCGAGUGAGGACAUGGACACUCUGUGCUUCAAUACUCCAAUCUUGUUGCGUCACCUUACUUUUAGUGAGCAGAGAAAGGAGCCUAUCCAGGAGAUUCACUUGGACAAGGUGCUGGAGGGGUUGAACAUGGAGCGAAAGCAGUUCGUUGAUCUCUGCAUCCUGCUAGGCUGUGACUAUCUCGACCCGGUCCCCAAGGUUGGCCCCACCACGGCUCUGAAACUGAUCCGAGAGCAUGGCUCUCUGGAAAAGGUUGUCGAGGCCAUUGAAAAAGAUAGCAAGAAGAAGUACACGCUGCCAGAGGACUGGCCUUACAAGGACGCCCGAGAACUAUUCUUCAACCCGGAUGUGCGCCAAGCAGACGACCCCCUUUGCGAUUUCAAGUGGGAAAAGCCCGACAUGGAAGGGUUGAUCACAUUCCUCGUCACCGAAAAGGGAUUCUCCGAGGAUCGCGUUCGUAGCGCAGGCGCUCGGCUCGAGAAGAACCUGAAGAGCUCUCAGCAGGCACGUCUAGAGGGGUUCUUCAAACCUGUUCCGAAGAGUGAUGCGGAAAAAGCUGCGCAUAAGCGCAAGCUGGAUGAGAAGAAUGAGGAGAAGAAGAAGAAGCUUAAGCUGGAGAAGAAGGAAAAGGCUGCGGUCAAGGCAAAGCCCCGGGGUGGAGCAUAA